CGUUAAACCUGGCUGAGUUAAAACUGUCACCCUCGCGCAGAGCUCCGACCUUCCCUACUACGAGAACAAGUCAAAUCACAGUUGUGCUCUCUUUUUUCGCAGGGUCGGACCAACGGAGACGGGCAUCUUCGUGGCGUAACAGAAGCGGUUCUGGAACAACAAACAACGCUUAAGUCGUUUUAUGGAGGCUUGCGGGACGCAGCGAAACAUUUCGUAAAGUGCGCGCACUGAGGAUAUCAGCCCAGACCCCCUUUAUUUCGGAACGUAGUCUUGCUUGGAUUUCAGCCGGUUUGAAAUGUGGCGUUAUGUCCUCGAGAUAAAUGUGCUAUGUGUGUGAUUUGGAGAGGAUCUUGUGGAAGGUGUCCAGUGGGAAAGAGACUGGGUGGACUCAUCUGCAACUGAUCCCCGUUUUUCUGAGCGCAAUGGACUUGGAAUGAAGACAAAUCAUGGAUAUAAUCUGGGAAAUAUUUAUUAUCCUUCAAGCCAAUCUCAUUGUUUGCACUUCAGCUCAGCCAAAUCCACCCAAAAUCCAUGAGGGAUGGUGGGCUUACAAAGAAGUUGUUCAGGGGAGCUUUGUUCCAGUGCCAUCGUUCUGGGGGCUUGUAAAUUCAGCCUGGAAUCUGUGUUCUGUGGGGAAGAGACAGUCUCCAGUCAACAUCGAGACCAGCCAUAUGAUAUUUGAUCCCUUCCUGACACCACUGAGGCUCAACACUGGCGGCCGAAAGGUGGGAGGGACGAUGUACAACACUGGCCGCCAUGUUUCACUCCGACUGGACAAAGAGCACCUGGUGAACAUCUCCGGUGGACCAAUGACCUACAGCCAUCGCCUUGAGGAGAUCAGGUUACACUUUGGGAGUGAGGACGGACAGGGCUCUGAGCAUCUCCUCAACGGCCAGGCCUUCUCUGGGGAGGUGCAACUUAUACAUUACAACCAUGAACUGUACACAAACUACACAGAAGCUGCUAAGAGUCCAAAUGGCUUGGUGAUAGUGUCUAUAUUUAUGAAGAUAUCUGAGACUUCGAAUUCAUUUCUCAAUCGCAUGUUGAACAGAGACACCAUCACAAGAAUAACAUACAAGAAUGAUGCAUACCUUCUCUCGGGGCUAAACAUUGAGGAGGUGUAUCCAGAAACGGCAAGUUUUAUCACUUACGAAGGGUCUAUGACAAUCCCACCAUGCUACGAGACCGCAACGUGGAUUCUAAUGAACAAGCCAAUCUACGUCACAAAGAUGCAGAUGCACUCCAUGCGACUGCUAAGUCAGAAUCAGCCCUCGCAGAUAUUCCUCAGCAUGAGCGACAACGUUCGCCCAGUGCAGCCUCUGAACAACCGCUGCAUCCGCACCAACAUCAACUUCAGCAUGCAGGGCAAAGACUGCCCCAACAACAGGGCACAGAAGCUGCAGUACCGAGUGAACGAAUGGCUGCUGAAAUAGAGCCAGGAUGCAGACCAACCCAAGAACACUAGCAACAUGGAAAAGAAUGAAGAGGAACAGCUCAUGGAUAAACAGAAUGAAGACUGACACAUGUCCUGCC